AUGCAAGGGGAGGGUGCUACUAUGCAAUAUACGACAUCUGAGGUCGAGUACUACGGCGAAAACUCUUGCGAUCUUCCAGACACUAAUAUCAUCGAUGUUGGGGAAGCGGCUGAGGAUGUAACUCGGUGGUGGUAUGCGAUUCUAGCUCAACAUGAAGGAUGGAAAGCCAUUGUCAAACGAACCCGCCAUGAUGAAUUUAUCGCUCCGUGGAUGGUGUCGCGAACAUGCGAAACACGCUUUGCUAUCAAACAACAGAGCUUUUCGCCAACAUCCUCAUAUACACCCUUGUCGUCAGAGAAGGCUUUUGAUAUUCUCGCUGAAUUUGCGCGAUUGCAUAAUCUGGGUAGCCAAUUCCCCAUCGCACUUAUGACAGCUAUAACACUACCGACACAUCAAUACUAUAUGUCAACUGUCCAACUGCCAUUUCCAAGAACAACUAGUGGUAAACAGCCCACGACUCCCACGGAUAUUAUUCCAACAAUAUGGUCCAGUCUAAACAAAGAGCUGCCCUAUUACAUGACUUUGAGUUGCAGUCCAGAAGUAAUGAUGUCUACUCUUUGCGGAUCAUUCUGGGAACUCGACGUUCCGUGCAAUCUCGUCGCUCCUUGGCUGCACCCGCUUUUUGAGGAGAUACUAGCAUCUCCCACGGGAAAGGAUUACGAAACACUCGCUUUAAUUGGCGCAAUACGUCGACCCAACAUAGGUGCACUUUGGAUGGGAGCAGCUGCAGGCGGACUAGCCCCAACAAUCAUUGCAAACGUCAGAACAGCCUGUCCACCCCUCGACGCAUAUUCGUUUCCCUGGACAGGCUGUCUUCAAACUUUCAUGGAUAUCGCAGGCUCGGGUUCAUACGCGCACGGAAAUCCGGAACACAUCUCAAGGCCAGAUGUAUGGCGCUUACUACACCUUCCUCAAACCGAAGGUGACGAGCUGCUUUUUCGAAAGAGGCCCCAAACGCCUUGGGAACCUUGGGGAAUAUCGUUACCAAAGGACUGUGCGCUUCGAGUUACUUCGCAUUUGAAAUGUGCUCGACAUGAAUACCAAUACCAUCAUUGGAAUUGUGAACUGCAGGAAGGCGUUAUCCGGGAUGAGGGAUUUACAACAAAAACGGUGACCGAAGAUCCUUGCGACAUGAUCCAUGUCAAAGAGCCGAGACUGUUCCCGAAGAGAGAGCUUGACCAAUUGGCUUCUGAAGAAGCCACGUUGUACAUCUUCCUCUGGUUGAGCAUUAACGGGGAGGGUAAACCGUCAGAGAGUAUCUAUCAAGAUGAAUGGCUUAGAGGUAUUUGGGAGGAGGAGGAAGAUGAUUGGGAAGAUGAGACUGAUGAUCGAGACUCGAAAGGGCUCAUUGGUCUUGAAGAUCGAGUGAGAGCCUGGCUUGAUUCAAUUGGCUGA